AUGGAAAACCUGGACCGCAUAGAGCCAGAAAUCGACGAUUUGAGACGGCUACGCAAGCACAUGUCUACAUACCGCCAGCUCCAACUUCAACAGACUGCCCUAACGGACAAAACUGAAGCCGUUGCCGCCGCCACACGCAUUACAAUCUCUGAAGAGCUCAACAAGCUGCCCGAUAUUCAGGACCGAGCUAUGAAAUGCUGGGAACACCUUUUCCACCUGCCUUUCAAAGCUGAAACUCCGCGUUCUCCCUCCCAAGCUGAAACCCCGCAAGACGAUGAAGAUCAAGAUGAGAUAGCCUCAGUUAUCAAGGAGAAGUCACCACAAACCUCAGCGGAAACUUCUAGAUUGCUCAAAACUAUCAAAUUACAGUUCCAUAAUAAUCAGGACUCAGCAAGCAUGAAAUUACUUAUUGGCAAUGUACUACGAGAAUCAGAAUGGAGACGAUUCAAGUAA